AUGGAUGAUAACGAAAAAUACACACCACUUCAUGCCGCUUCAGAACAUGGUCAGCUUCAUGUUGUUGAAUAUCUAGUGGAAGCAGGAGCAGAUAUCAAUAGAGCAGCUCAUAAUGGUUACACUUCGCUGUCAACCGCAUUAAUAAACGGACAUCGAGACAUUGUGGAGUUUCUCAUGACUAAAGAAGGAGACCUUGGAAACAAAGAUGACGUCGGUCCAGUUGCACUUUGCAAAGCAUCCUCCCAGGGCUACCUCAAUGCUGUAAGGUACAUCAUUAAUAAAGUUGUAAACCUCGAUUUGAAAGUAGAUGGUUUCACACCACUAUAUCACGCGUCGGAGAAUGGACAUCUUCAGGUUGUUGAAUGUCUAGUGAAUGCAAAAGCUGAUGUGAACAAAGCAGCAGAGAAUGGUUCUACACCUCUGUUUGCUGCAUCUCAUAAAGGUCAUCUAGGCAUAGUGAAGUAUCUACUCAACAAAGGAGUAGAUAUUGAUAGGAGAGGUGAUAAUGGUCAGACGCCUCUUCAUGUCUCAUCAUUCUAUGGCCAUCUUGAAGUUGUCAAGUAUCUUAUCAGUCAAAGAGCAGAUAUAGGUAUGGGCGAUCAAUAUGGAUAUACACCUCUGCAUGCUGCUUCACAGGAAGGUCAUCAUGGUAUUGCACAAUAUCUCAUCGCUGAAGGAGCAAACCUGAACGCAGAAGCUACUAACGGAUUUACUUCGCUAUAUCUUGCUUCAACAAACGGACAUUUUGAUGUUGUUGGAUGUCUAGUGAAUGCAAAAGCUGAUGUGAACAAAGCAGCAAAGAGUGGUUCUACACCUCUGCAUGCAGCAUCUCAUAAAGUGAAUGCAGGAGCUGAUGUGAACACAGCAGCAAAGAGUGGUUCUACACCUCUGCAUGUAGCAUCUCAUAAAGGUCAGCUAGACAUAGUGAAGUAUCUGAUAAACAAAGGAGCAGAUAUUGAUAGGAGAGAUAAUGAGGGUGAUACGCCCCUUUGUGUCUCAUCAUUCUAUGGCCAUCUCGCGGUUAUCAAGUAUCUAACCAGCCAAGGAGCACAGGUAGACACCGAAGAUACCGAUGGAUAUACGCCCCUACAUGUCGCCUCGAAGAAUGGUCACCUCAAAGUUGUUGAAAGCCUGGUCGAUACAGGAGCAAAUACAAACAAAUCAUCGAAUAACGGAUAUGCACCACUUUAUACUGCAUUGAUUAAAGGUCACCUUGACAUUGUAAAAUAUCUUAUCAUUAGAGAGGCAGAUAUCGGGAGCAGCGAUGAAAUCGGCACUACGGCAAUACGGCACGCCCUUUUGCAUGGUUACCUCGAUGUAGUCAAAUAUCUCAUCGGUAAAGUUGAUGGUCUUGAUGAAUGUGAUAUUGAUGGUAACACACCUCUUUAUCUUGCAUCAGAGAAAGGCCUUCUUGACCUUGUUGAAUGUCUCGUGAAUAAAGGAGCAGAUGUGAACAAAGUAUCAGGAUAUGAUGGCGACACACCCCUCUACGCCGCUUCACAAGGAGACUAUCUGGAUGUAGUUGAAUGUCUAGUGCAUGCUGGAGCUGACGUGAACAAAGCAGCAAAGGAUGAUUCUACACCUCUGUAUGCUGCUUCUCAUAAAGGAGCUGAUGUGAACAAAGCAGCAGAGCAUGGUUUUACACCUCUGUAUGCAGCAUCUCAUAGAGGUCAUCUAGACAUAGUGAGGUAUCUCAUUACCAAAGGAGCGAACCCGAAUUAUAUUGCUUAUGACGGAUAUACACCUCUAUAUGUUGCUUCACAGAAAGGUCAUCGUGAUAUUGUACAAUAUCUCAUCGCUGAAAGAGCAAACCCGAACGCAUCAGAUUCUAAGGGAUUUACUCCCCUAUAUCUCGCUUCACAGAACGGACAUCUUGAUGUUGUUGAAUGUCUAGAAGGUUAUCCUGAUAUUGCACAAUAUCUCAUCGAUGAAGGAGCAAACCCGAACGCAGGAAGUAUUAAGGGAUUUACUCCCCUGUAUCUCGCCUCACAGAACGGACAUCUUGGUGUAGUUGAAUGUCUAGUGAAUGCAGGCGCUGAUGUGGACAAAGCUGAAAAUAAUGGAUCUACACCUCUGUAUGCUGCUUCUCAUAGAGGUCAUCUAGACAUAGUAAAAUAUCUCGUUUCUAAAGGAGCGAACCCGAAAUGUGUUGUUAAUGAAGGAUAUACACCUCUAUAUGUUGCUUCACUGGGAGGUCAUCGUGAUAUUGCACAAUAUCUCAUUGGUGUAAGAGCAAACCCAAACGCAUCAGAUACUAAGGGAUUUACUCCCCUAUAUCUCACUUCACAGAAUGGACAUCUUGAUGUAGUUCAAUGUCUAGUGAAUGCAGGAGCUGAUGUAAACAAAGCUGAAAAUAAUGGAUCAACACCUCUUUUUGGUGCAUCAUCUAAAGGUCAUCUAGAAAUAGUAAAAUAUCUCAUUACCAAGGGAGCAAAAGCGAAUCAUGUUGAUAAUGGUGGCUAUAUACCUCUGCAUGCUGCUUCACAGGAAGGUCAUCGUGAUAUUGCACAAUAUCUCAUCGAUGAAGGAGCAAACCCGAACGCAGGAAAUAUUAAGGGAUUUACUCCCCUAUAUAUCGCUUCACAGAAUGGACAUCCUGAUGUAGUUCAAUGUCUAGUGAAUGCAGGAGCUGAUGUGAACAAAGCAGCAGAGCAUGGUUUUACACCUCUGUAUAUUGCAUCUCUUAAAGGUCAUCUAGACAUAGUAAAAUAUCUCAUUACUAAAGGAGCGAACCCGAAUUGUGUUGCUAAUGACGGAUAUACACCUCUAUAUGUUGCUUCACAGAAAGGUCAUCGUGAUAUUGUACAAUAUCUCAUCGCUGAAAGAGCAAACCCGAACGCAUCAGAUUCUAAGGGAUUUACUCCCCUAUAUCUCGCUUCACAGAACGGACAUCUUGAUGUUGUUGAAUGUCUAGUAAAUGCAGGAGCUGAUGUGAACAAAGCAGCAGAGCGUGGCUCAACACCUCUUUUUGGUGCAUCAUCUAAAUGUCAUCUAGAAAUAGUAAAAUAUCUCAUUACCAAGGGAGCAAAAGCUAAUCAUGUUGAUAAUGUUGGCUAUACACCUCUACAUGAUGCUUCACAGGAAGGUUAUCCUGAUAUUGCACAAUAUCUCAUCGAUGAAGGAGCAAACCCGAACGCAGGAAGUAUUAAGGGAUUUACUCCCCUGUAUCUCGCCUCACAGAACGGACAUCUUGGUGUAGUUGAAUGUCUAGUGAAUGCAGGCGCUGAUGUGGACAAAGCUGAAAAUAAUGGAUCAACACCUCUUUUUGGUGCAUCAUCUAAAGGUCAUCUAGAAAUAGUAAAAUAUCUCAUUACCAAGGGAGCAAAAGCUAAUCAUGUUAAUAAUGUUGGCUAUACACCUCUACAUGAUGCUUCACAGGAAGGUUAUCCUGAUAUUGCACAAUAUCUCAUCGCUGAAGGUGCAAACCUUAACGUAGGGGAUUCUAAGGGAUUUACUCCCCUAUAUCUCGCUUCACAGAACGGACAUCUUGAUGUUGUUGUAUGUCUAGUGAAUGCAGGAGCCGAUGUGAACAAAGCAGCAGAGAAUGGAUCAACACCUCUUUUUGGUGCAUCAUCUAAAGGUCAUCUAGAAAUAGUAAAAUAUCUCAUUACCAAGGGAGCAAAAGCGAAUCAUGUUGAUAAUGGUGGCUAUAUACCUCUGCAUGUUGCUUCACAGGAAGGUUAUCCUGAUAUUGCACAAUAUCUCAUCGAUGAAGGAGCAAACCCGAACGCAGGAAGUAUUAAGGGAUUUACUCCCCUGUAUCUCGCCUCACAGAACGGACAUCUUGGUGUAGUUGAAUGUCUAGUGAAUGCAGGCGCUGAUGUGGACAAAGCUGAAAAUAAUGGAUCUACACCUCUGUAUGCUGCUUCUCAUAGAGGUCAUCUAGACAUAGUAAAAUAUCUCGUUUCUAAAGGAGCGAACCCGAAUUGUGUUGUUAAUGACGGAUAUACACCUCUAUAUGUUGCUUCACUGGGAGGUCAUCGUGAUAUUGCACAAUAUCUCAUUGGUGUAAGAGCAAACCCAAACGCAUCAGAUACUAAGGGAUUUACUCCCCUAUAUCUCACUUCACAGAAUGGACAUCUUGAUGUAGUUCAAUGUCUAGUGAAUGCAGGAGCUGAUGUAAACAAAGCUGAAAAUAAUGGAUCAACACCUCUUUUUGGUGCAUCAUCUAAAGGUCAUCUAGAAAUAGUAAAAUAUCUCAUCACCAAGGGAGCAAAAGCGAAUCAUGUUGAUAAUGGUGGCUAUAUACCUCUGCAUGCUGCUUCACAGGAAGGUCAUCGUGAUAUUGCACAAUAUCUCAUCGAUGAAGGAGCAAACCCGAACGCAGGAAAUAUUAAGGGAUUUACUCCCCUAUAUAUCGCUUCACAGAAUGGACAUCCUGAUGUAGUUCAAUGUCUAGUGAAUGCAGGAGCUGAUGUGAACAAAGCAGCAGAGCAUGGAGCUGAUGUGAACAAAGCAGCAGAGCGUGGCUCAACACCUCUUUUUGGUGCAUCAUCUAAAGGUCAUCUAGAAAUAGUAAAAUAUCUCAUUACCAAGGGAGCAAAAGCUAAUCAUGUUGAUAAUGUUGGCUAUACACCUCUACAUGAUGCUUCACAGGAAGGUUAUCCUGAUAUUGCACAAUAUCUCAUCGAUGAAGGAGCAAACCCGAACGCAGGAAGUAUUAAGGGAUUUACUCCCCUGUAUCUCGCCUCACAGAACGGACAUAUUGGUGUAGUUGAAUGUCUAGUGAAUGCAGGCGCUGAUGUGGACAAAGCUGAAAAUAAUGGAUCAACACCUCUUUUUGGUGCAUCAUCUAAAGGUCAUCUAGAAAUAGUAAAAUAUCUCAUUACCAAGGGAGCAAAAGCUAAUCAUGUUAAUAAUGUUGGCUAUACACCUCUACAUGAUGCUUCACAGGAAGGUUAUCCUGAUAUUGCACAAUAUCUCAUCGCUGAAGGUGCAAACCUUAACGUAGGGGAUUCUAAGGGAUUUACUCCCCUAUAUCUCGCUUCACAGAACGGACAUCUUGAUGUUGUUGUAUGUCUAGUGAAUGCAGGAGCCGAUGUGAACAAAGCAGCAGAGAAUGGAUCAACACCUCUUUUUGGUGCAUCAUCUAAAGGUCAUCUAGAAAUAGUAAAAUAUCUCAUUACCAAGGGAGCAAAAGCGAAUCAUGUUGAUAAUGGUGGCUAUAUACCUCUGCAUGUUGCUUCACAGGAAGGUUAUCCUGAUAUUGCACAAUAUCUCAUCGCUGAAAAGGAAAACCCGAACGCAUCAGAUACUAAGGGAUUUACUCCCCUUUGUCUCGCUUCACAGCACGGACAUCUUGGUGUAGUUGAAUGUCUAGUGAAUGCAGAAGCUGAUGUGAACAAAGCAGCAGAGAAUGGUUCUACACCUCUGUAUGCUGCUUCUCAUAGAGGUCAUCUAGACAUAGUAAAAUAUCUCGUUUCUAAAGGAGCGAACCCGAAUUGUGUUGUUAAUGACGGAUAUACACCUCUAUAUGUUGCUUCACAGAAAGGUCAUCGUGAUAUUGCACAAUAUCUCAUUGCUGAAGGUGCAAACCUUAACGCAGGAAAUAUUAAGGGAUUUACUCCCCUAUAUCUUGCUUCACAGAAUGGACAUCUUAAUGUUGUUGAAUGUCUAGUGAAUGCAGGAGCUGAUGUGAUAAAAGCAGCAGAGCAUGGAGCUGAUGUGAACAAAGCAGCAGAGCAUGGUUUUACACCUCUGUAUAUUGCGUCUCUUAAAGGUCAUCUAGCCAUUGUAAAGUAUCUCAUUACCAAAGGAGCAAAACCAAAUUGUGUUGAUAAUGAUGGCUAUACACCUAUGCAUACUGCUUCACUGGGAGGUCAUCGUGAUAUUGUACAAUAUCUCUUCGCGGAAGGAGCAAACCUGAAUGCAGAAACUACUAACGGAUUUACUCCCCUAUAUCUUGCUUCAAAAAACGGACAUCUUGAUGUUGUUGAAUGUCUAGUGAAUGCAGGCGCUGAUGUGAACAAAGCAGCAGAGAAUGGUUCUACACCUCUGUAUGCUGCAUCUCGUAAAGGUCAUUUAGACAUAGUAAAGUAUAUGAUUAACAAAGGAGUAGAUCUUGAUAGGAGAGGUUAUAACGGCAAUACGCCUCUUCGUGUCUCAUCAAUGUGUAGACAUCUUGCAGUUGUCAAGUACCUUAUCAGUCAAAAAGCAGAUAAAGACAUGGGAGAUAACGAUGGAUAUGGACCUCUCUAUGUUGCGUCACAACAGGGUCAUCUUGAUAUUGUUAAAUGUCUAGUGAAUGGUGGAGCGUACAUCAACAAGGCAGCACAUGAUGGUGAUCUGUCCCUCCAUGCUGCCUGUCGUCGGGGUCAUAUUGACGUUAUAACAUAUCUUAUUGCAAAAGGAGCGAAUAUGGAGGCACGUAAUAAUUACGGUUGGACAGUCUUACAUUUUGUAGCAGAUAAUGGUCAUUUCGAACGUUUGAAAUAUUUCUUGAGACACAACUCCAGCGGUACAGCAGGAAAUAGUCCCAACGCUCUUGAUGUUGGGCUUCAGGUAGGUUGA